AAGUGAAUGUGUGCAAGCUAGAACCCUCCCUCCUUGUCCGCAUCUCAUUAAGCAAGUCCCGCUGUAGGUGAAGCUGCCUCUCUCUGCCAUUCGGAAGCAGGUGUCCAACAUGGCGAACGCUCGCAGCGGCUCUCUGGCGACUAUUCUCUUUCUCUUCGUGUUCCCAGCGGCUCUUCACCAAGGCCCCAACCCCACCUUCCCUGUUUCCACCUACCUGACCCUUACAACAAAAGGAGCUUCACAGGAACCAGUGGUGAGUCAGAAUCUGGUGACGGACGAUGUGUCUGUGGUGGAAGGAGAGACGGCAAUCAUCAGCUGUCGGGUGAAGGACAAUGAUGACUCUGUUAUCCAGCUUCUCAACCCCAACAGACAGACUAUUUACUUCCGAGACAUGAGACCACUGAAAGACGCCCGCUUUCAGCUGGUGAACUUCUCUGACAACGAGCUGCGGGUGUCUCUGUCUAACGUCUCGCUGUCAGACGAGGGCCGAUAUGUGUGCCAGCUCUACACAGACCCCCCACAGGAAGCCUACGCCGACAUCACAGUGCUAAUUCCUCCAGGUAACCCUGUCAUCGAGGCCAAGGAUGAGGUCCUUAGCGAGGGCAACGAGACAGAAAUGACCUGCACUGCCAUGAGCAGUAAGCCUGCAGCCACCAUUAAAUGGAUGAAGGGAGAUAAGGAGCUCAAAGGUAAGCCCAAAGUGGAGCUGACCUACGACAGAAUGUACACAGUUACCAGUCGGGUGACAUUCACCGUCACCAAGGAGGACGACGGGAUCCCUGUAACCUGCAUCGUGGACCACCCUGCCGUCAAGGACUUCAGAGCACGCAAAUAUCUGGAGGUUCAGUACAAACCAGAGGUAAAGAUCAUGGUGGGAUUUCCACAGGGCUUGACAAGAGAAGGCGAAAACCUGGAGCUGACGUGUAAAGCGAAAGGCAAACCCCAACCACAGAGGGUGAAUUGGCUGAAGGUGGACGAUGAUUUUCCGUCCCAUGCGGUAAUCAUCGGAGGGGACCUCUACAUCGAGAAUCUGAACAAGUCCUACAACGGGACCUACCGCUGUAUGGCGUCCAACCCGCUGGGCGAGUCUUUCGACGACUAUGUCCUCUAUGUCUAUGAUGCUCCCACCACCACCCCUAAACCCACCACAACUAUCAUCACUACCACCUCCACCACCAUCUUCACCUCCACCCCGAACCCUGAAGCUAGUCAAG